GCCAUGGCCAGGCCGGGGGCUGCACGGCCCUGCAAGGUACUGUCUUCUGGAAGGCUAACAGGAGCCGCUAAAUUAACAAGUGGAAGAAAACAGUUUGGCAUAAGAAAAGGGUGUCAUUCAGAUGUGGAGUCUGGAUACUCUCUCUAUUCCACUGACUCUGACGAUCAGGUUGAUACUAUUCAUAAUGGACUUGACCGUUGUGCAGCUUUACUGAAGAAUAUCUUACAAAGUGAGGCUACAGGAAGGGAGACUAUCCAUAAAAAACCUGGGAAAACAGCUUCUGUUAAAAUUACUUCCAAGCCUUUGCUAACCAAAGGAAAUACUUCCAAGAAGAAAGGGUUGAAAAAAAAUAUUACUCCUGCCCACGUCCGAAAAGAGAUAGUGCCAAUAUCAAAUAGAAAACUUGCCUCGUCCACCACACCUUCGACUGAGAAAGAACUUUCCAGUGCAGCACAAAAACAGAUGGUUCAACCAAUUCAUGUGCCUUGCAGUCAACACUCUCCUGUGAUGCAUCAGAAACUGUGCGAGCAUGUGCAAACUCAGAUGUCUCUGAUAACUGGCCAACCACCACAGAACAGUAAUGAAAUUCUUACUGUAACUCCUUUUCCUACCUCAAAUCACGGAUGUCAAAAUGUUACAGCUUUUAAUUAUCGAUUACCUACCUCCACAUCAGCUCUGUCCCUGCAGCAUUCAGCUAAUCCCUUAUCUACUCAGUCAGAUGUUCCUGUAGACAGUGGCAAUGAAUGUGUGCCAGAGAUGGGAGGACCUGUGGUUUGCCCGGUGGUUUCUGCUGCUUCUACUACUGCUGCUCAAAUACAGUCUGCCGCUGCUCUUCCUAGUGUGAUCCCUUGUAUGGCAUCAGGUGCAUCAAGUAACUCUGCAGUGCCUACAUUCAUCCCAUCAUCUUCUGGCAGAGAGAUGACCCCAAACCACGAGCAACAGAUAAAAGAAGCAGAUUUGAUAAGAUGCAUACAAGCUCACCUAGCCCUGUUAAAAUCACAUGAAAUGAUGAAUGGCAGGACUGAACAGAAGCGCCAUCAUCAUUGUCCAACAAAACAUAAUGCUUCAAGUAACAAGGAGGAGGAUACUUCUGAAGAACACAGUGAGGACAUGGUCAAUGAAGAAGAUGAAGUGAAUGUACUUGACAUAGCCCCAGUGAGAGAUACAAGCUAUAAGACAAGUUUUGUGAAGAAGGUUCUAAAAUCUAGAAAAGAAAGUCCAGAAGAAACAGCCCAUAAAGUUAAGACUGUAAAAUAUCUUCUGGGAGAGCUUAGAGCACUGAUAACAGAUCAAGAUGAUUCGGAAAUGUUAAGGUUGAUGAGUGAAAUAGAAGACUGCAUAUCAUUGCUCCCAGCCGUAGUGGGAAGCACAAAUAUACAAGCUGAAAUAGCACUAGCUUUACAGCCUCUCAGAAGUGAAAAUGCCCAGCUGCGUAGGAGACUAAGAAUAUUAAACCAGCAACUCAGGGAACAAGAAAGAAGUGAGAAGACAUCUGGACAGAGCUGCAACUAUGAAUUGGUUUCUUUGCAGUCCUUGAAUAUGAUGCUCCAGAGUCAAUUGAAAGAAUCACUGAAAGGCCUUGAGUCACUGCAGGCUAAAAAUGAAGAACUGAUUAAAAUAAUAGAAAGUCAGAAAGAAGAAAAUAAACAUCUUGCAAAAUAUAUUCAAGAUAAAGAAGAAGAAUUGCUUGAAAACAAACAGCAUUAUGACAUUCAUUCCACCAAGCUCAAGAUUGAAGUGGAAGAGGCAUUAGCAAACAUGAAGAGCCUUCAGUUUAAGCUGGAAGCUUCAGAGAAAGAAAAUAAGAUUUUGGGCAUAACGUUACGUCAGCGUGAUGCAGAAGUUAACAGACUGCGUGAAUUAACCAGAAACUUGCAGGGCAGUAUGGCCAAGCUUCUGUCUGACCUCACAGUAGACAACAUUAGACCCAAACCUGAAAAAGGUCUCUCGAAGGCUCUUUUGGAAGACCAUGAAAAGCAGAUGCAACCUGAUCUGUUUCCUGGGAGUACUUCAGUAAUGACUUACCUUAAAAAAUUAGAAAUGGAUCAUAUUUUGACAGAUGCAGAACUUCACUUCUCAAAUAAAAAUGGAGAAUUAGAAAUGCAAAAUCUAGCCUAUGAGAAGUUUGCUGCUGAAGGAAGUAAAAUAAACAGUACGUUCUCAGAAGGAACGUCAGCUCCCAGAAUACUACUAACCUCACUGAAGCAAGAUGCAGAAACAGUUAGUGAUUCUGGGACUUUACUAGGUGACCAAAACAAGUUGGAUGAGACUGUUUAUAUUCCAUUGACUAGCAAUGCCUCUAAAAAACAGCAGCCAAUCUAUGAAAGAACUGGUGUGCUACCCCAAAGUAGAGGGGCUUAUAAGAUGUUGGACUACCACUGUGAGAUCUCAAACUCUGUGCAGCAGAAUGGAUGUGAGAUAUCAAAGGAUCUAACUAUUGUGGAUAAAUUAAGUGCUGCGUACAAUGUGAAAAAGACUAUGGAAAACAUGCCUGAAGUUACAGGGGAUGAAGUAAAGCCAGAAGGAGACAAAGUCCAAAUGAGGCCAAAAGGCACUCCAAGUGGAGCUGCAAAAGACUUCACAGAUAAAUCAGACCAACCUCAGCCUGGUGCAUACCCUCGCAUGCCGAUGCUAUUUCCAAAAGAGAUUUCUCAGAAAAAAGGCAGUGAAAUAGCUGAUUUUAGUUCCAUUUCAUUUGAUGAUAUAUCAGGAAAGUCUGAGUGGAGUGCAUCCUCUUUCUCAACAUUUACUUCUCGAGAUGAAGAGGACUUUAAGAAUAGCUUAGCAGCCUUGGAUGCCAACAUAGCUAGGUUACAAAGAACUCUGCAAAAUAGCAUUAUGAAACAAUGAGGAAACAAAAUGGGGUGCACUUGUUUGGAUUAUUUAGGUUUUUCUGAAGUAUAUUAAUAAGUAUGGUAAUGAUACAAAUACUUGUAUUUUUUGGUAUGAAAUUACUUGUUCCUAGCUGUUUAAAUUAUGGUGGGAUUUGUUCCUCAUUAAGCUGUGGUGCUGCUUCCCUUGUUGUGUACAACUUGAAAUAACUGGUAUAAAUGCCUUUUUUUUUUUUUUAAUUAUGAUUUAGGUUUAUACUGUUUAAUUGCAAAAUUAAUUCUUAGAACAACACUUGAUAACUAUUUAAGAAACCGAUGUGCUGUUGUCAAUACAGUUUUUCUAUUAAAUGAUAAAGUACACAUGCAUGCUUUUUCUGCAUGCUUUUUCUAAGUAGUAAGAACAGCAUUGAGAGAUGCAUUUGAAGUCAGUUAUAGAUGUGAUAAAGAGAAAUUUUUAUUUCAUUAUAAUUUGACUGUUAUAAAAUUGGAUGCAUAGUUAUUUUCCUUGGUUAUGACCAUGUGUUUCAAGAAACUAGCUCCUGGUUCUGGUUCACCACGAAUGUGUGCAAACAGUAGUGUCAACAUCAAAGAAACAGGUGAAGAGGACUGCUUAUUCAGCUGCAUUGCUUCUUAAUCCAAAUUGGGUUUAAUCAAGAAGUGGGAAUUUAACUGAUGAAAGUGGAGCUGCCUUGAACAUAAAAAGUGUUCUGACUUGACUGGGUAGGUCUCUUCAAGUUGUUUUGUUGUUUUGGGGUUUGGGUUUUUUUGAGAGAGGAACUUAAGUGCAGAAGGCUAAAUUAAACUUCCUUCUUUACUCUUCCCACCUCCCCCCCCCCCCCCAAGGAACAAUUGCAAGGUACCAUACCUGGGUAAGAGGCUCCGCAGGUAGAGGCCAGGGAAGAGCUAGCUACAGAGCAGCUCUGCAGGAACGUUUAGAGUUACAAUUGCUAAGUCAGGAUCAUGCCGUUCCAAAAAAAAAAAAAAAAAAAAAUGCAGCUACCGUAUGGGAUUUGCAGUGUAUGGUAAAUCCUAUAAAAUGAAGUAAUCCUUUUUUGCUCAUCACUGGUAAAACUCAAAUUUUCAGUUUUGAGCAUUGUACUUGAAGAAAGAAGUUGAUUAAGUGGAGAUUCCAGAUGAAGGCAAGAAAAGAUCCAUCAAAGUUCUCUUCUUUUCUACAAUUCUGUUUUAGGUCACAGUUUUUACAAAUGUUUGAUUUUAUGUAAACUAAAAGAGAAUGUAGUAGCAGUGGAUAAAUGCAGGACAGACUGAUGCCGAGAAAGAGAAGCAGUAAGAGGCUUCAGCUGACACAAAGGAGACAAAUUGUUGAGGUGUCAAACAUCUAUUGGGCAUAAAUACAGAGAGUCUGGACUGAAUCGCCCAAACUGGCUCUCGCAGGAAUGGGAGUGGAGGGGGGAAUGAUUCCAGUCCGUUGUUCUCCUUGACAGGACUUUCCAGAUCUCAAUGUCAAGAAUACGAGUCAUGCAAGUUUUUAAGUUACAGGUAUGAGAAGGUAGUGUUACUGCUACUGUUCUGUUCCUCUUACACCCUUAGCAGUGCUUGAAUGCUGUUUUUCAUGACUCAUGGUUUUUCAGGGAAGUAUCUUUGGAAAGGGAGCAGUAGUAUAAGGACCUGAAUUUAAGACUGCUUUUUCUACGGUGUUGCUUUUUGCUUUUUUUUUUUUUUUUUUUUUUCUCCUAGAAAACAUUACUGUGCUUCCUGGUCCUGGCCUUUUCUUUUAUGUUACCAUGUAGGACAAAAGUCUCGAGUUUUACCACUUUGAAGAAUUUUAUUUUAUUUCCAUGGUUAGUUGCUUGAAUGAACACGUUUUAAAGUUAGGGCACUAUCCAUACAUUGUGCUGCGGAGCAGUUCUGUGAUUAUUUUAGUUACUGGUAACUGAGCAAUAAAAAGGUAUGAAGACAACACAUACUACAGAAGAUGCCAACUGGCACUCCUGCUUCAAAAAAGGAAAGUUAGACUAAAUAGUGACUUCAGUGAUUUAGAAUGCUUUUAAGGCUUGGCCUGGAUUUCUUACUACUCUCCACACUACUCGUGCUCAGAUUCAAAAUAAGGUUGAUGGUAUGAAAGUGAACAGGUUUUAAUUAAAUAUUUACAAGCAGGUUCAGUGUAGAAGCAAAGCAAGAUUUAAAUUAUGAUUAUGGCGUGAAUUAAAGACAAGCUACAAUAAAUUCAAGUCUUUAAAACUCACGAGAAGGCUGAAAAAGAUUGAAAGAAUAUUCAUUAGUAGACAAAUUAAUUCAGUUUUCUUCUUGCAGCUAGGACUUACUCCAUUUGAAGGAGGAUAUUUGUCCUGGCCAAAGCUGCAUAAAGCAGCUGUGGUGUCAAGAUGCCCAAGCACGUUCUCGCAUUGAGAGCAUUUACAUUCAUUUUUAUCUCAAUGGGUGAAGAUGUUACACCAUCUUACUUGUGUCCUGUUCAUCAUUACAAAGUUAGUUCUAUCAAAGCAUGAGAUGACUACUGGGAAACCCUUUUGGGGAUAAUGAGAUAUGAGCAGGUUUGUAAUGUGUAUCCUGCUCUUAGAAGGAGGAGAAGCUAAGAAGGAAGAAACAGGAGGAAGGAGUCUUCUUUAAUACAGUUCUUUGUUUUGUACUCAGACAUGUCAAUCAGAGCUCUAGCAACUUUAAAUGAAAUUCAUAAUGCCCAUAUAAGGGAAAUUUUGUAUGUGCAGUGUUGUGGAAGCAAAAGCCACCAAGAUCAGGUAUCUAAGUCUUUAAAAGGUGGGAAACGCUUCCAGGAUUCAACUCAAGACAAGGGCAUUGAAACUGUGGAAGUCAGCAUAACUCUAGUCUUCGGAUAGGCUCAGUAGAAGACAAAUCAUGGUAACAUCUCUUACAAACUUGUUCUUUUAAUGUGUUGUAUGUAGUAAAUAAUCCCUACAAAAAAUAAAGGAAGUCCUAGAACUUGCA